CUUUGCCUUUUACCCAUCAUUCCUUUCAUCCUCUCACAUCCUCUCACAUUCAUCCGGCUCCCAUUCCAUCACUUUCUGUUGCUGCUGCUACUAUUGUUAUCCACAUCUCUUUCACCACCACUCGCCCCUACUCUUCAGAUCUCGUUUACCGUUGUUGUCCGCUGUCUUUUCUGCUACUCCUUUUCAUAUCGGUUUUUACCCAUCACCAGCUUCGACCUUUCAACCCAAUAUCCUCUCACAUCCGGCUGCCCACUCGAUCACUUGCUGUUGCCGCUGCAGUUACAGAUCCGGCUGUUGCUGCUGCUACUAUAUAUUAUCUCCUUCUCUUUCACCACCGCUCGCUGCUACUCUUCAUAUCUGCUGCUCCUUUUCUACUCAUCACCAGAAACAUGACAACAACAAUCCCCAAGUUUGCUCACUUACAAAUCCCACUUGAAGACGUAGUAAAGGCCACCGACAACUUUCAUCAUGAUAACAUCAUCGGAGGCGGUGGAUUGGGACAUGUAUACAAAGGACAACUCCAGCGGUCCGGGGAGUUGAUCACCAUUUCUGCGCUGAGGUUAGAUCGCAAGCACGGUGGAGGAGUCGUCGAGUUCUGGACCGAAGUUUCAAUGCUUUCUGAUCUCAAGCAUCCAAAUACAGUCUCUAUUGUCGGAUUUUGUGAUGAAAAACAUGAGAAGAUCAUUGUGACCACGUAUGAGGCCAAAAAUGGAAGUCUCAAGGAGCAUCUAAGCAACCCGAACCUCACAUGGACGCAAAGAUUGAAGAUAUGUGUAGGCGUGGCUCGUGCGUUGAGUUACCUCCAUUAUGACGAGGGACGUGGCUAUGGUAUUAUACAUCUUAAUAUCAAUAGCUCAACAAUUUUAUUAGAUGAGAACUGGGAACCGAAGUUAUCCGGUUUUAAAGUUUCCAUCAAACAAUCACUUAACCGAAUGGACCGGGUCAUCCUUUCUGAACCUAUUGGCACAAUAGGGUAUGUGGACCCGGAAAUUGAAAAGACCAAAGGUGUGACCUACAAGUCGGACAUCUACUCAUUCGGUGUCGUCUUAUUCGAGAUUUUGUGCGGGAGGAAAGCAUUUGUUCCGAAGGAUGCUAAUAGGUUACUAGCUCCAUUGGCCAUACAUCAGUAUGAAAAAGAAAUGCUAAAGGAGAUAAUCCAUACUGCUCUGCGGAAUCAAAUGUCCCCGCAUUCACUCGAAAUAUACUCAAAAGUAGCAUAUUCUUGCAUAAAUGGGGAGCGAACAAACCGUAUGGAUACAAACAAUAUUGUCAACGAACUUGAGAAAGCAGUGGAAUCUCAUGAAGAUUUUCAACUUCAACAAGUUCAACAAGUUCAACGUUUAAAUCUUAUAGAGAACUUGAAACACUUGAAGAUUCAUCUUCGUGAUAUAAAAUUGGCCACGGAUGAUUUUUCAGACACAUACAAAAUUGGAGAAACAACAUAUUGUAAUUUGUAUAGAGCAACUUUUGAUUAUGAAAAAACUUCUGCCAUAGAAGCGAUGAAUAAAGGUGAACCACUCAAGGGACACAAUAUUGUACUUAUAAAACGCAUACUUUCUAGAGACGACGAGCAAGGAGAGGGGGCAUUUUUCACAGAACUUGAAAUGCUUUCUAGUGUUAAGCAUCAUAACAUAAUCACUCUACUUGGAUUUUGUGUUGAAGGUUCGGAGAUGAUCCUUGUCACUGAGAAUAUUUCCAAUAGAUACCUUGGUGAUCAUUUGGGAAACGUCAAUGACAUGCAUAUUUUGACGUGGGAAAAACGUUUGAAAAUUUGCAUUGAUGUUGCACACGCAUUGAACUACCUUCACUCAGAGAUGGAUGCCCAAAAGAUGAUAAUAAACCGUGAUAUAAAGAGUGACAACAUUGGGUUAGACGAGAAUUUGAGGGCAAAGAUUGUUGAGUUUGGGCUUUCUGUAUUCUUGCCUCCAAAUCGAAAUGGUGAAGCUCUGCAUCUCACAAACAUUGUUGGCACAAAUUACUACAUAGAUCCAGAAUAUGAGAUGAGUGGUACGCUAAAAAGAGAGUCAGAUGUUUAUAGUUUUGGAGUAGUUUUGUUGGAAAUUUUAUGCGGAAGACUAGCCUAUUACCCGAUUUACCAUAGGGAGGGUGACAAAGGGCUAGUAUCUAUGGCAAGACAAAGUUACAACACUGGAACACUAGAGAACAUAAUAGAUCAUAUAAUAAUGGAAGAAAUUGGUGAAAGCAGUUUUAUUCCUAAUAAAGGACCCAACAAGGGUUCUCUGGAAAUAUAUAUUGAAAUUGCAAAUCAGUGUGUAGCAGAAAGUCAAGACGAACGUCCAACUAUGAAAGUCGUCGUUAAGGAACUUGAGAAAGCAUUAUUUUUUCAAAUGAGCCAGGAGGAUCGAGUGCAACGCCCAGAAAUAGACCACGUUGUCAGUAAACUUGAGAAAACAUUGGAACUUCGGUUGAAUGAAGAGAACAAUCAUGAGGAGCAAACACAACGUCCAAAUACGGCCCAAGUAAUUGCUAAACCUAAGAAAGCAUCAGAGCUUCGAUCAACGCAUGACAUACUAAAUAUCAAAGAUCGCCAGAGAUAUUCAACAAUCACCGGAGAAUUUCAACGGUCACCGCCGGAAAUAAUCAAGCUAAAAACGACGGGAUUUCAGUGGACAGCAAAGCAAAGAAAAGUGUGAAAAGGAAAUUAAUAGUGGACAGCGACUCAGCGAUGUGGUUAGAUGAGGCACUUUUUGAUGUUGACUGGGGAUCAUUUUACUUCACUACACAAGUUACCCCUGUCAAAAACUCUUCAUCUGUGGUGCUCGCUGACCAAGCUAAACCAGUCAAUGCCACCUAAGAGAACCCUCCGUCAGUUGAUCCAAAGACUACCGAUGAUCCCGAAGAUGAUCCUAUAGAUGAUGAUUACUCUUGUUACUCUCCAAACACUCUUGUCUCGUGGGCCAACCACAACCCGUGGGAGAGUGAGCUUAGCCAAGAACCACUCAGCACUGAAAUUGAAUUUGGCACUCCAAGAUCGUUUCUUGACUAAAAAGUGGUGUUUACGUGAAGUUACUAGUAUGUGUAUGAAAAAAAAUGUGUCCUAAUUUUCCCUCUCUCAUGCAAUAUAGGGGCUACUUUCCUUAUCCUAUGUUGUUUACCAUAUCUAGUGUUAAAGUUAUUAUGUACUCAACUAUUGUGUUAAAUCUAUGUUUUUCCAAUCUAUGUUAUUCAAAAAAAU